AUGAAUAAGAAGCCAGGCAAGUUCGAUCCGAGCCAGAGCGAGACCUACAAGGCUCUGAUAGAGGAGGGCUACGAUGACCACGGAGUCCAGCACAUCAGUCAGCCAACGCGCCAGGGUGUCUUCGCGCCGCAAAAAACCAGGCAAACCACAUCCAAGCCUGCCCCGUACCGGCCGAGAAGUCCAGCUAUCAACGUUACCGACAGCGAUGGCGAAACGAUCCACCAGAGCAACAGCUUCAAAAGAAUCAUGUUCAGCGUCCUUGGGGAAACGGAAUACUAGAUACGUGUACUUUAUAACAAAAGAGGUCAGAGAAGGAGAAAAAAAAAGAUAAAUUCAAAUUCAAUUGAGCGUAGCUCGCGUGCUACCUUUUUUUUUUUUUUUUUUUUUUUUUAACGAUAUUCUAUGAUAACGAAAGAAAGAGUAAAAAUAUUCAGUAUACGUGCUGUGCAAACGAUAAUCGAUAGCUCAAAAGAAACGCAGAGAUUUUAUUUUUACACGUAAAAUCGAGCCCCUGUAUAGGUCAAAGAUAUUUUUUUAUUUUCACGAAGACAUCAAAGUCCAGUAUUUAGUUUCUUUCGACCAUUUCUUUCUUUACUUUUUUUUUUUUUUUUAGCAAGUUUUUGCUAGCUUUAUGUACUUAUGUAGAGACAACUUGUACUUACCGAAUGAUAUUUUGCAAAGACGAUUUUUGAAAAGUGCUUUUAAAAACUUGUCAACUGCGAGUGAUACUUAUUUCACAGUCUUGAGUUGACGAUACAUGCGCGUGCGUGCUUUAUUUUGUGUAUAUAUGUUACAAGAACAUUUGAAAUGAAGUAUUGUAAGAAAACUUUAUGAAAAUAAAUAAAUUAACUCGAA